GAAACGGAGAAAGAGAGCGAGAGAGAGAGAGAGAGAGAGAGAGAGAGAGAGAGAGAGAGAGAGAGAGAUAGAUCUGGGUUGCAGUUUGACCAGAUCUGAAUACGGAACCAGGAGCCUACUAUAAGUCCACGGAUUGUUCAUUUUCUGGCCCCGGCGCACAAGGAUAUUUUUGGAUUGCAAAAAGAGUGCGCUGGAAUGGUGGAAAACAACCGGAAUUGUGAAUGCUGUGAGGAAUUGUCUAUGGAUUUAAUUCGCCGAGGAGCAGCUUCAUUCAUGGCACCAGACCCGUUGUCGAAGAGUGGAUUUGAACGUGUUGCAAAGUCCGAAAACAUUUGAGAGCGCGCAAGUUUUUCGCUAGCUACUGUAGCUUUUCGGUUGGGUUGCUUCUUUAGUCGGUCUCUCCUCUCUUUGAAUAAUUACUCGCUCCCCUAAAACUUGUAGUGCAUUAAAAUCCAACACUAUCGGAUUGUAGGUCCACUUUACAGCAAACAUUGUUCACGUACUUGACAACAUUCUUCUAAAAUGAAUGCAUUUUGAUUUCUGUGUAGUCUUGCAUUUGUUUAAUGUUUUGUAUUUUAAUGCAAUAUGACAUUGUGCCUUCAAAACUAAUGUUGUGGUUUUGCCACCAAUAUACGGUGCUCGGCUGUGCACGCGCUGCACAGCGUUCGGCGAACAUUAAUGUUUCGCGACCUCAGAAACAGUUUUAAAUCGCGAAGAUCUGAACGUAAAUAAGAACGCAUCUUGAGUGUCAAGUUGUCGUAUGUUCAGGACGAAACGCUCAGGUCUUGUGCGGCGACUCUGGAGAAGCCGUUUGAUUCCAGAUGAAGAGGGGGACGAUGGAUAUGGCAAAAGCGGUGAGGGGUCUCGGGACGAUCUGCUUGGCACCAACCCAGAGAAAAUUCCCAAGACGGAGUUCGGACCGAUGACGCCGAGCGGGUCGCCUUGCGCGGACUAUAGGGAAGUGUGUACGAGGAAUCCCACUGAGAGCAGCGGUGGCUCAUCAGGGGGCGUUUUGGACCAAGAUGGGGGUACGGUGUGUGUCCUGGAGCAGGGAAGCCUUCGGUCUGUGCAGGACAGCGACUGUAGAACAGUCACUUGCUGUUUAUUUAAAGAUCGGGACCAUCAUUAUGGAUCUAGAAGCCCGGAGGCGGCUCAAGGUAAAGAGCCAGGCUCGUGUCAGUUUGUGCUGAGAAACACUGGUUCUUCUCGGGACCCCGGUCCUCUGGAGAGUCAGGAGACGAAAUCUGGUUCCGUCAUGGAGCAGGAGCUCAAGUCCGCCACCUACUCGCUAUUGAAAAGGUUAAAAGAGAAAACGUUGGAUACUUUGUUGGAAGCCGUGGAGUCCAAAGGAGGGAUGCCGAGCGACUGUGUGAUGGUAUCGCGGACCGAGUUGCGACUGGGCGGCCACAUGGCUCCUCCUCAGCUGCUCAUCUGCAAGCUUUACCGGUGGUCCGACCUGCAGCACACGGCCCAGCUUAAAGCGCUCUGUGAGUGCAAGAGCUUCGGAGCUCAGGACGGUCCGGUAGUGUGCUGCAAUCCAUACCAUUACAGCCGACUCUGUGGGCCAGAGUCACCCCCUCCUCCAUACUCAAGACUUUCUCCCAGCGAAGAACAUAAGACACUGGAUCUGUCAGAUUCCACACUCUCUUCCACUGAAACGGAGGCUGCCAGCUCACCAAACGUCACCCAAGGGGAAUUAUCAGAUGCCAGUCUUUCACCUGACGCCCCCAAGCAGAGUCACUGGUGUAACGUGGCAUACUGGGAGCAUCGGACGCGGGUGGGCCGCCUCUACAUGGUGUACCAGCCCGCCGUCAGCAUUUUCUAUGACCUACCUCAAGGCACAGGCUUCUGCCUCGGGCAGCUGAGCCUGGACCAGCGAAGUAGCACUGUGCAGCGGACUCGAGGCAAGAUUGGCUACGGUUUGCUCCUCAGCAAAGAGCAGGACGGAGUCUGGGCCUACAACCGCAGCCAGCACCCCAUCUUCGUCAAUUCGCCUACUCUGGACGUACCAGGGAGUCGUAGCUUGGUUGUCCGCAAGGUGAUGCCAGGCUACUCCAUCAAGGUGUUUGACUAUGAACGCUCGUCCAUGCUCAGGCAGGGUGCGGAGUUUGAGCUGCUAGAAGGACCGUAUGACCCAAACAGUGUGCGUAUCAGUUUCGCGAAGGGCUGGGGCCCUUGUUAUUCCCGCCAGUUCAUCACCUCCUGCCCCUGCUGGCUGGAGAUCCUCCUCAACAACCACAGAUAACACAUACACACACAGACUCACUCAUGUUGAGAGACUAUUGGACUCCACAAACUAUCCCAAAUAUAAUCUACUUAGAUUUAAUAUAAAGUUUUAUAUAUUAAAAUAAAUAUAUAUUAUACUUGUAAAUACUGGAGUCAUUUUUACAAUGUAAUUAUUUAUGUAUGGUGCAAUGUGUACAUGGACGAGGAAAAACGGGAAAUGCACUUUGGCUUAUAUAUAUUAUAUAUAUAAAUCUCUAUAAAGAUAAAGAAUCUUUCAAUACCAAUUUGAAAAAUUAUACAGCAAAAAUAGGAAGAGCCUGGUUUUGGUGUAUAGUUUUCAUGUAAUAUUAAUAUCCAGAUGAAAAGCUAACACCAUUCACACAUUGAUAAUAAAGUAUUCGCAUAAUAUCAUUUUGCUUUCUGUCUUUCACUUAUGAAUUUUUCACCCAUAAGUACCACUUGAUUUUAAAUGACUACUUGUAUAUGAAAAACAUGAUAAUGUCUCCAUCUCUGAAAGUAAAUGAGAACUGCACUGUAGACAGUUAUCAUUGUCUGAUGUCAGGUUUUGUGUAUCAACAUCAUCUCUCGGUUUUGACUCAUGCACGUCCAUGGCUGUUGAAACAAUCUCUUAUCCCUGUGGAAGUGGGGAAAAAAUACAGAAAUUACAGGCUUUUGAAACUGGAUUUGAGCAAACAAGGGCUUUGGGCAUUAGCUGUCAUUCCAUAAUUUGUUCAUACCUCUGGAAUUAACAAUUUUGGUGAUGCAGAGUUAUUUCAAGCAUUAAUCUUCCUUUCACUCCAGACCUAAACACUCGUCCACAUGUACUUCUUAGUUAUGAGCCUUGUUUGGUUGAGAGGAGGUUGCAGCCAGAGUUCCUUGAGGUCCUUGAGAGCCUUGUUGGCCAGCUUUUAAGAGGGAGGAGGAGUGUAAAGAAGAGAAGAUGAUGUAUCCUCAAGCAUGGCUUCCUCCCUGCUCAGGCUGGCCUGUGCUUUGUCCCAGCAGCUCCAGCAAAUUCAGUGUGCAUGCCUCCUGAGCGACUAGCCUCCACAGCGUGGUCAGUGGUUUAUGGGUCCAGCUGCGCUUCUGCCUUCAGUGAGGAGAGGAGGUGGUGGCUUCAGUCCCAGUGCAUUGAUAUAUCUCCACGAAGGCACAUGGCAAAACCAAGACCUUUAAUAGAAACUAAGCACAGGCCAGAAAAACUGCAUCCAAGGUGGAUGUGGUAGGGCUGGCUUCCUUUUUAAUUGUGGGUGGUGGUUGUCAAAGUCACUGGGGAAGAAGAGGAGGGGGCCAUAGGCUAACUUGCCAACAACAAUUAGUUUGAAGAAAACAAUCUAGUCAUGCAGGCAAACAAAUGUUCUCCUGCAAUGACAUAAAAUGCUGUUUAUUAAACAGUUGUUGACUGUAAAGUUUACUGUACUGUACUGUAAACAAAGAGAUGAGCAAAUGCUGGAAGUGCAGCUGGAUCACCCAACUAGAGUUGGGUCAGUUAACAAUGAGCACAUUUACAUGCAUGCAUGGGUUUAAACUGAUUAUGCUUCAUAAGCUGACAACGUGUGGGGUCGUGCAAAUGGGGUAAGGUCAUAAACGGUUUAAAUGAUUGACACAGGUAGAUUUUUGCCCAUUACCCUGAUUUUGCGUUGCAUGGAAACACCUUUACCGUUAUUCUUGCCUGCUUAUCCAAUGUGUGCAAUGUGACAAAACAUCACUAGGGUGACUUUGUGCCUGCACCACUGAAACGUCACCCUUGGUGCGUAUUUUAAAAGUCACUCUGGUGCUGCAUUCAACACAUUUUCAUUCAGGCCCAAUUCCAGAUUAAAAUCAUUUAACGAAAAAACAUUACUCAAUUAAGAGUUCUUUAAUGUCCUUUUGAGGGUGCUUUCGGGCCUGAUUCAAUUACUUUACCCAGGGCUAAAAAUUGUAAUUAAAUGAUUUGAAAAUUCUGUUAUGAUUUACUCAUUGCUUUAUCAUAAAAAUUGUAUUUUGUUCUUCCAAUGCUUUGUUUUUGAUUUGCAUGAGGAACAGAUCUAAAUUUAAGUCUUUAUUUAAUGAUCAGAUCCCGACCGACACUCAUAAAAACGUUUAAAAAUUCCUUCCUCAACAAGCAUAAUGACCGCUUUGACAUCAGUGAUGUCAAAUACCAUUGGUUCCUGUGUGUCUUGUGAAUGAUUGUGACAUUUUAAUGUUUGGAUGAAUAAUUUUCGAAUGAGAAGUAAAUUAAUUCACGGAGUGGAAAAUUUUCAAAUAAUUUUCAAUUAAACCCUUCAGUUUCACUCAGGGCUAUCGUGUGUGACUUUGGAGGACUUUUAAUUUUUUUAUAUUUGCUUAUAUAUAUAUAUAUACACACAAAUCUUUUAUAGUGCUUUU